AUGACAGGAUUUCACUUGCCGGGUGACCCCUAUUUCCCCAACCAAGGGAAUACCGAUUGGAUUGUGGAAGACCCAGAGGAAAAUUCCGAAGAAGAACCCAUGGAGGAUGAAGAACCCAUGGAGGACGAAGAGACCGUAGAAGAGGAAGAGUCAAAAAUACCACCUUGUAGAAAUCCUAGACGCGGCGGUGCCACAGGAACUGCAGUGGCACCACCGCCACCACCUCCUCAGUUCGACCUGGUAAUGUUCCAGGCGGCUGUAACAGCCGCAGUAGCAGCCGCCAUAUCCCAAAUAAGCACCAACAAUGCGGGUGGUGCGAGUAAUGGUGCCACAAAUUCUAACAACGGGGACAGCCAGGGACGCUCAAGAGAGUGUACCUACAAAGACUUUACUAAUGCCAAACCCAAAACUUUCAAUGGGAGCGGAGGUGUCAUAGCAUUGCUUCAAUGGUUUGAGAAGACCGAAUCUAUCUUUAAAAUAUGUGCAUGCCAUGAAGCAAACAAGGUCAAGUUUGCAGCAUGCACAUUCUAUGAAAGGGCACUCACCUGGUGGAAUGGCCACGUCAAGACAUUGACACUUCCGGUGGCUAACUUGAUAACAUGGGAAGACCUGAAAACCAUGUUGAUGAAGGAGUACUACCCAAGGGGCGAGAUAGAAAAGUUGGAAAAGGAACUUUGGGGUCUCAAAAUGCCAACUACCUUUGAUAGUGCCAAAGAACUGGCACAUCAACUCAUCGACCAUAAAGCCAGUCAUGGCACUGUGACAACCACCUCCAAGCAAGCUAAAGGGAGAAACAACAAAAGGAAGCUUUUGAACAAGAAGAAGGAUCAACCUGCUAAAGAUCCUGCCAAGAAACAACAAGUGGAUGUUGUGAAUGCCGCCACAACUACUGCCAACCCAACUCCGAUAAGGCAAUACGUCGGGAACCUACCAAAGUGCAACAAGUGCAACUUUCACCAUAAUGGCGCCUACUGUGAAAUGCAUUGCAUCAACUGUAACAAAAAGGGGCACGCCGCUCGAUUUUGUAAAGCUCAAGUCAAACAAAAUGCAUAA